AUGGCAUCAAAUAAGGAAGAGUUGAAACUUUUUGGGAUGAGGUUAAGUCCAUUUGUGAGCAGGGUAGAGAUUGCUCUAAAAUUGAAGGGAGUUGAAUACAAAUAUGAGUUAGAAAAAAUGGGAAACUUAAGUGAAACACUCAUCAAUUACAAUCCUGUUUAUAAGAAAGUUCCUGUAUUAGUUCAUAAUGAAAAGCCCGUUUCAGAAUCUCUUGUGAUUCUUGAAUAUAUUGAUGAGAUUUGGAAACAAAAUCCUAUUUUGCCUUCUGAUCCAUAUAAAAGAUCUUUGGCUCGUUUUUGGUCCAAUUUCAUAGAUGACAAGUGUUUUAGUGCUAUGGGGAAAACUUUUUACACUAUUGAUGAGCAUGAACGUGAGACGAGUAUUGAGGAAACAAAAGUGGCUAUUCAAAUUCUUGAGAAUGAGCUGAAUGACAAAUUCUUUGGUGGAGAAGAUAUUGGCUUUCUUGACAUUACUGCUGUCUUAAUAGCUUAUUGGCUCCCUAUUUUAUAUGAAGCAAUAGGAUUGAAAUUGUUCACCAAUGACAAAUUCCCCAAGCUUUAUAAAUGGAGCCAAGACUUCAAUAAUCAUCCAAUUGUCAAGGAAACACUUCCUCCUAGAGAAACACUUUUGGCAUUCUACAUAGCUCAUUAUGAAAGUCUUGCUGCUUCAAAAUAGAUUAAAUUAAGGUGAAAUUUACUUUGGAAAUUUAAGGAGACUAUUUGAACUAUUUGUUUAUCUUUCUUAUUUUUUAGAUGUAGAAUAUUUUAAUUAAGCAGUUAAUUGUUGUAUCUUUUCAUAUUUGUGAUGCUUUUUAUUUGUUGCAAUUAAAUAUUUGUAUUUAUGUUGAAGCCUAAACCUACAUGAAAAAA